AUGAGCUCAACCAACUUCGCCGCCGCACAAGAGCGAGUUCUUGAACGUCGUCGUCUACGAGAAGCCGAAGCGCGCGCACGCCAUGCAGCUCAGCAACGGGCGGCUCCGAUCAGCCCGGCCACCGUCCAGCGUCUUCCAUACCCGUUGAAUCGAUUGCCGAGCUCUGGAUGGCGGAUAUGGAAUUCUAUCAAUGGGCGAGAUGGCACGAAACCUGCAUUCCGCGUGGGACAGGUGGAUGCCGAAUUGUUAGAUGAGGAGCUGCUCGGCUUGAUGAAGGGUCAGGUCGGGGAUGCCCUCAAAUACUUCGGGCCUCAGAUGCGGGAAGAUUGGUCGCAUGAGAUUCUCUUCGCAUUGCGGGCGAUUCUCUUCAAACUAUCGAUAUGGGACCACAAUGCGUCAUAUGGUGCGGCUCUGCAGGGCCUCCAGUAUACCGACAGUCGCAGCAAGGGCCCAGUCUACUCAUCUCCAACGAAAUGGCAGAAGAGUGUAUAUGGCUUAUUGACAGUUGGAGGGCGAUAUGCUUGGGACAAGUGGGAGAGCUGGUUGAUCGGACAGGAAGGUGGCUACGAUGAGGUUUGUUACUCAAGUGCUUACAUUGAACCUACCAGACUGACAGUCACCAAGCCAUCACAGGAUAUCCGCAUGCUGUCCCGACUAACGAACCUAAUUUCUACCUCGCACUCGAUCGCCGCCUUCGUCUCUUUCCUUGUAUUCCUUGUGAACGGCCGAUACCGCACCCUGGUCGAUCGCAUCCUCCGCAUUCGCCUUACUCCACCGUCUGCACAGGCCAGUCGGGAGGUGUCCUUCGAGUACCUGAACCGGCAACUUGUAUGGCACGCGUUUACCGAAUUUCUUCUUUUCCUCCUUCCUCUUGUUGGAAUCAGUCGUUGGCGGCGGUGGAUUUCUCGCGCUUGGCGAAAGAUGAUAUCUUCUGUCAAGUCAAGCGGCGAGGAUGACGAGCCUUCCGAAAAGCAAGGGGAGCUGGCCUUCCUCCCGGAACGGACUUGCGCCAUCUGCUACCGCGACCAGAACCCAACCACGACGACUGAAACAGAUGUAAUGGCGGCCUCUACAUCAGGUGGUAUUGCUGGAUCUGCCCAGACAGACAUCACAAAUCCAUAUGAGACGGUUCCUUGUGGUUGUAUCUACUGUUUCGUCUGCAUCGUGCAGAAACUAGAAGGUGAAGAGGGCCAAGGAUGGGUUUGUCUCCGUUGUGGUGAAAUUGUCAAGAAGUGCCAGCCUUGGAAUGGCGAUGUCCUUGAAGAGGCCCGCUCACAGCCUGGCACAGGAAAGAUUGUCGGGUUUGCCAUGGACGAGGAGCCGGAUGAGGCUCGUGGGAUCGAUCAUGAUCAAGGAAGCUCCGAAAAGUCCAGCCCGUUGGAGGAGAUAACUGCCGACGAGUCCCUUCAGCAUUCAAACCAAUGGUCAGCCGUUGAGAAAGAAGACGAAGAAACCUCAGAAACAAACGGAGAUGUCAAGCCCACUUCGGCAUGA